ACCGACCGACUUGAUACCUAACCUAAAAAACUGUGUUGAAAAAUUCUCGUCUGUUACACUGUUUACUGUCAAAUUGUACCGAGCGUUAGGCAUCAUCGGUACCAUCCAUCGAGUUGUUGACAUCCUGAUCUCUGCACAGGUAAAAAUAUCCGAAGUAACUGAGAAAUGUCUGACAAGCAGAAAGUGUUGGUAUGCGGAGAUGUGAGAGGAAACUUCAAAGCGUUAUUCACAAAGAUCGAGGUAAUAAACAAGAAGUCUGGACCGUUUGACUUUCUGCUUUGCGUGGGGAACUUCUUCGGUCCAACUAACAUCGAACUGGAGCCGUACAAAAAUGGUAUGAGACACAUCUCUGUGCCAACUUAUGUUAUCGGUCCAAACACAGAAGCAGACGUCGAGCACUAUCCCGAUAUAGAUGGGUGCGAAAUAUGCCCCAAUCUUACCUACCUCGGCAGACGAGGUCUCUACAAUUCAUCGUCGGGGCUGAAGAUCGCCUACAUCAGCGGUGUGGAAAACUCAAACUCUGCCAGAUCCUCUGGCACUUACAAUUUCAACCAGACCGACGUUACGGCCAUCAGAGAUAUUUGCCUUAAAGGACAGCCCAGCUUCAGGGGCGUUGAUAUUCUUCUCAGCUCUCCCUGGCCGCAAGACGUCACAAAUCUCGAUCCCAACAAUCCACAGUUCAAAUAUCAUGGCUCCAAACUCGUGGCGUGGCUCGCUGCCCAUAUCAAACCAAGAUAUCACAUCAGUGGACUUGAGGAUAUACAUUACGAAAGACCUCCGUACAGGAACCACGCACCGAAUGGAGACAGCAUCGAGAUAGCCUCAAGAUUUAUAGGUCUGGCUUCAGUCGGCAAUACACAGAAAAAGAAAUGGCUUUACGCCCUGAAUCUCACACCUGUUGAUCGCACAAGACUCUGUGAUCUGGCGCUAGGAACGACAGACGAAACGCAGAGUCCUUAUCCGCUAUCUUUGCUGAAUUCUAAGCACUCCAAUCAGGCGGAUGACUCGAGAAAUACCCAGUUCUUUUAUGACAUGGACUCCAAGGACGAUAAAAAACGAUCCAAAAAUCGCGAUGGCGGUUUUCACAAAAAACCCAGGCCUGAAUUUGACCAGGCCAAGUGCUGGUUUUGCCUUUCCAGUCCUGAAGUAUCAAAACACUUGGUCAUUUCCGUUGGCACUGAAGUUUACCUCGCUUUAGCCAAGGGUGGAUUGGUCGACGAUCACUUCUUGAUACUGCCCGUGACACAUCACGCCAGUCUUUCCAUCUUGCCAGAUAACGUUGCCAAAGAAAUGAAAGCUUUCAAGAAAGCCGUGGCCAAGUAUUAUGCCAGUACCGACAGGGUACCAGUAUUCUUUGAAAGAAAUUACAAGACUUCACACUGUCAGCUACAGGCUGUUCCUGUUCACAAAAAUCAGGAACCUGCCUUAAAGGAAACAUUCGAGGAGUUUUCGCAGAGCAGUAAUUUCCAACUAGAUGAACUCCCGCCGCGAACUCAGCUCGAACAAAUAGCCCCGGCAGGAACGCCCUAUUUUUACGUUGAACUUCCAAGUGGUGAAAUGCUCUACCACAGAAUCAGGAAAAGUUUCCCCAUCCAGUUUGGGCGUGAAGCAUUAGCAAGCGAUCGGAUAUUGGACAUGAGCGAUCGCGCAGACUGGAAGGAUUGCCAGUUGGACAAGGAGGAAGAAACUCAGUUGGCAAAAAAAAUUAGACAGCAAUUUCAAGAGUAUGAUCCUGCUGCAUGAAACAGGAGAUAAUCCUGAAAGACACGCAAAGUGCAGUAUCGCCCACUUGGUGCUGAUGGAAAUCACAUUUCAUAUUCACCAAAUGCUUUUUAUUUUCGUAAAUUGUAAAUAUAUGAAAUGCCUCCAAAGUU